AGAAUUCUCGAAGUGAAAAAUGAAUUAAGCCAGGCAGGUAAGCAGGAAACAGCGGCCGCGGAAAUACUGACCAUGGCUCAUCAUCAACUACCGGAAUACGAUGACCAGUCCGGCAACUGGAAGGCCUUCAUCACGAAGGCAGAAGCUUAUUUUGAGGCAACUGGCGUCAGCGACUCGGGAAAGAAGAGGGCGUUGCUGUUAGCAGCAUUAAGUACGCGCACCGUGGAAGUGCUCUCAGAACAGGUUGCACCGAGGAAGCCAAACUCGCUGACGUACGAGGAAGCAGUCAAAGUUUUGGACGACUACUUCGACUCUAAGCGUCAUGAAAUAGCGGAGAGCUACCGGUUCUUCAAUCGCUGCCAGUUGGAAGGCACAGGCACUACAAGUAAGCGUCGCCAGAAGACACUCCAUUCUUUCGCUGCUGGAAGACAUCGCGGCAACAUGAGCGGGCACCUGGACGCCCUGUCUUGCGCCAUGUGGGGCGGUGGCGCUGCGCCACAAGAUGUCGUGGGUCUGCUGCUGGCCAUGAUCAACCUGGUGGUGCACCUGCCCUUCACGGACCUCCCCGAGCUCCGCGACUACGAGCUGGGAGUGCUGCAGAAGCAGUACGACUACGUCAUUGUGGGCGGUGGUUCAGCGGGCUGCGUGAUCGCCAACAGGCUGUCGGCGGACCCUGACGUCUCGGUGCUGCUUCUGGAAGCCGGAGGAUUGGAGACAGCUUCCAGACAGAUACCGGCCAUUGCCGGCAUGGUCAUGGGUGGUCAUGAUGAUUGGGCCUAUUGGACCGUCCCGCUGGAGAAUGCGUGUCUUUCUUAUCGGGAUCAGCGAUGUCCCUUGCCGCGGGGCAAGGUGCUUGGCGGAAGCAGCGUGAUAAACGCGAUGCUCUACGUGAGAGGGAACCGGCACGACUACGACCGUUGGGAACGAGAGUAUGGAGCAAAGGGCUGGGCAUACGAGGACGUGCUGCCACAUUUCAGAGGCAUAGAAGACUAUCGCGUGGGACAACUUGACGAGUACCACGGAGCCGGCGGCGAGAUGCCGGUGGACCACGCCAACACCAGCACACGUCUGAGCGACGUCUUCCUAGAGGCAUGUCGCCAGGCUGGUUAUGCCAUCGGUGACUACAACGGACCCGAACAAUCAGGCUGCUCCCGACUGCAGGCCAACGUAAAGGAGGGCGAGCGCGUGAGCGCCUGGAAGGCCUUCAUUCGGCCCAUCAUCGGCACCCGCGACAACCUCCACGUGGCACCGUUCAGUCAGGCAACUAAGGUGAUCUUCGAAGGUAGCCGCGCCGCGGGCGUUUCGUUCAUGAGGUUCGGCGAGCUACAGAAUGUAUCUGCCCGGCUCGAGGUUAUUGUCUCCGCUGGGGCUGUGGGAUCUGCCCAACUCCUCCUUCUCUCAGGUGUAGGCCCCAAGGAGGACCUCGAGCGGCUACAGAUUCCUGUGGUGGCCGACCUCCCAGUUGGGCGAAGCCUUCAAGACCACCCACUCUUGCUCAUGGCCGUGGAGACAAGCACGGAUGGCGUGGGCAUACCGUCUUUUACUCUAAGCGACAUCGCAGAGUACGAGAGCAGCCGAUCCGGUAUUAUUUCAAUCCCGGCAGGCGUCGAAGCUCUUCAGUUCCUGAGCUCCGAGAAUGCGACUGAGUCCCACAUACCCAAUAUUGAAGUGACUCUCACUUCGAGUUCACCGGCCACGCAAGUAGACAGGGCUCAGCAACUCAACAUAGGCAUUUUGCCAGAGGACUAUGACCGCUUUUACGGCCCAAGAUUCAAUGAACCCGGAUUCCGAGUGUUCAUGACUAACAAUCGGCCGAAAUCACGUGGACACGUUACUCUGCGUUCCAAGGAUCCCGAUGAAUACCCGGAUAUCAACCCCGGCAUUUUUCAACACCCAGAUGACAUUAAAGCGGCUGCUCGAGGUACGAGGGUCUUCAUCGACUCGAUGCUCAACACGAGCGCCAUGAAGAGUAUCGGCGCCAAGCCAUGGGGCGUCACCUUUCCACCUUGUGCGGAGGCAGGUGCCCAGUGGAGCUUGGGGUACAUCGAGUGCCUUUUCCGCCAUUGGGCAUAUCCAUCCUGGCACACGUGCUGUACCGUGCCGAUGGGUUCACAUGCGGAGGCGGUCCUGGACGAAAGGCUCAGGGUUCGAGGCAACUUGACAGGCCUGCGAGUGGCCGAUGCGUCCGUGAUGCCCGACAUCGUGAGCGGCAACACUAACGCGCCGACCAUGAUGAUCGGCAGCAAGGCGGCUGAGAUGAUAAUACAAGACAACGGGCCUGAAUGACUAAAGCAUUGCCAGACUUGCCCAUGCCGAACAGCUUGGAUUAUGGAAAAGGAGAGACAAACAGGACGCCAUCGUCAACGGCGUUAGCACUGCUAGACACAGACCGACUAGUCGGUUGCCGCACUUUGCAUUUCGCACUUUUCAUCGCUCAGACAUUGAACAUUGAAUUCGAAAAAUUCUCAGGAGCGCUCAGGGCUGUGUAAGUCCGCUGCUAUUCUUGUCUGAAAAUAAAACAUCAUAACAUCGUCA